ACCUUUUUAAACAGGCACAUGGGAGGCCACCAUCUUCUGUGGCCCUGAGCACACGGUUUUGUUGACAACCACGUCACCAGGAAGUACAUGACGUGUAUUGGGCCAGGUUGAAUAUGCUGCGACAGGAAUCUCAGGAAACUCCUCUCUUUGGUGAGGAACAUGACGAAAACAAGCGGAGAAAGUCUAAAAUUAGGCAUCCUGUGGCUUCAUUCUUUCACCUCUUCUUCCGAACAAGUGCCAUUUUGGUUUACCUGUUGUGUGACGUCAUCAGCGGUCGAUUUAUCGCCUGCAUGGUCAGCAUUAUCCUCCUGCUGUCAUGUGAUUUCUGGACUGUAAAAAAUAUAUCUGGAAGGUUGUUGGUGGGCCUUAGAUGGUGGAAUCAAGUGGAUGAAGGUGGAAGGAGUCACUGGGUGUUUGAACAAAACAAGAAGCGCAAAACAUCCAGUGCUGAGUCAAGGAUUUUCUGGCUUGGACUUAUUGUGUACCCUAUCUUCUGGAUCUUUAUGAUUUUUACCACCUUCUUCUCCCUGAAGUUUAAAUGGCUUGUUGUUGUGUUGAUGGGCCUGGUUUUACAGUCUGCAAACUUGUACGGUUAUGUCCGAUGCAAGAUGGGUGAGAAGUCGAACUUGAAGGCAAUGGCAAAGAAUUACAUCAGUGUCCAGAUGUUGACACAGGCACUAAGGAGAAGAGGUGCAGAAGUUGAAGAGAAUCAAUAAAAACCACGUCCCGUGUCAUGGGAGCUGGACUGGGAGAGCAGGGCAUUUAUUUUGUUCCUGUUGAAAUGGUGGUCGGAUUAUAUGAAAUUAUAUUCAUUUUCAAUAUUAUCCUGGUUCUUUGUGCCAACAUUUCUCUUUUAAUUCAAAUGGUAUUUGUGUAUUGUAUUUGAAGAGGUUUAAUGACUUGGUGUGUUUUUUAUUUGAAGUUAAUCCAGGUUAAUCACAUACUGUAGAAUUUAGUACUCAGAAAGAGAACACAUAUUUAGAAACCUAAAAACCUGUGUACUUUAGUUUUAGUUCUACUUUUAUUACAAAACACUACGUUGGCUAGUUAUUUUGUCCUUUUCAUAUGCUAUUGCCUGAGUAAAGCUGGAGUGCACGUGUGGAGAAAAUACACACUGUACAACAUGAAAAGGCAGCCGUCUGAACGAAGCUUGAAAGUGCUUGACAAGUACCAUACUUAAACUUGGUUUGUAAACCUGGGUUUACGUGUGUGAUAUAGGUGAGGUCACAGAGGGUGAUGUAGUUGUAUUAUUGUAGCAGUAGUAGUAGUAGUAUUGUAGUAGUAUUAUUAUUGUCAAGGAACAUAACAAACAAGAGUAAUCAGAGGUUAUUGUGGGCAAAACAUUUAUGAAUUUAUCACAGACAGAAUGAAGGAAAAUAUAUACAAAUACAUAUUUGAUUUUUUGUGAAGAGGUUUACAUACAAAUGUGUUUCCGGUUGACUUACUUGGACUUUGAGGUCAUACAUGAAGGGAUAUAUUCUGGGUAAUUACUCCUUUUGUCUUGAAGUUGAAAUGUUUAAAUGCAUGGUGAAGACAUUGGAUGUGAGUAUUAAACAGAUUUUGUAUGGGAUGUGAGUCCGUUUGAACCAAAUCUGAGUGGUAGACCUUCAGAACUCUCUAGGAGCAGUGUAUGUUUUGAUAGUGCAAAUAUUUUUGUGUAUAAGGUAAUGGUCUGCUACUGCUCUGUGUUCUUGUUCUGUUACAGUAGGUGCAAUAAAGUGCUACUCUUUAUAAUGAGA